CCACUGGCCCGGCACGCGUGCGCUGGGGUGCGUGCAGUGCGUGCCGUGCGUGCUGUGCUUGCGCGGGGCGUGCGAGCUUGUUGCGUGCGGCCCGGAAUUAAUUUGAAGCUCGCUCGCGUCCGAGCGGCUUGCGCGUGCGUGUGUGUGCGUGUGUUUGCUUUGCGUGAUGGUGUGUCUUGUCCAGCAUCCGUGACUGCUGGAUCUCCGAGUAGAGUGCCCCGAGCCUCACCAUGUUCAAGAAGAAGUUCCCCUCCCUGUCCAGCCUCGGGUCCGACGGGAACACGGCGUUCCUGCGGGCCGCCCGAGCCGGCAACCUCGACAAAGUCCUCGAACACCUCAAGUCUGACGUCGACAUCAACACCGCCAACGCCAAUGGUUUGAAUGCCUUACACUUAGCCUCCAAGGAGGGCCACACUCAUGUAGUCACAGAGCUACUUUCAAGAGGAGCCACCGUUGACGCCUCCACCAAGAAAGGAAACACAGCACUUCACAUUGCCUCCUUAGCGGGCCAAGAGGAGGUAGUGCGACUGCUGGUCCAGCAUGGUGCAGCCGUCAACGUUCAAAGUCAAAAUGGAUUCACACCGCUGUAUAUGGCUGCACAAGAGAACCAUGACAAUGUUGUCAAGUUCUUGCUCGCUAAUGGGGCAAACCAAAGCCUCGCAACUGAGGAUGGGUUUACUCCACUGGCUGUUGCAAUGCAACAAGGUCAUGAUAAAGUAGUCGCUGUUCUCUUAGAAAACGAUACUCGUGGGAAGGUGCGGCUUCCUGCGUUGCAUAUCGCUGCCAAGAAAGAUGACUGCAAAGCUGCAGCUCUGUUACUUCAAAAUGAGCACAAUCCAGAUGUUACCUCAAAAAGUGGCUUCACUCCAUUGCACAUUGCAGCGCAUUAUGGCAAUGAGGCUAUUGCUAAUCUGCUUCUAAGCAAAGGAGCGGAUGUCAAUUAUUCUGCCAAGCACAAUAUAAGCCCAUUGCACGUUGCGGCAAAAUGGGGAAAGAGCAACCUUGUUGCAUUACUGCUGGAGAGAGGAGCGCACAUAGAAGCCAAAACACGGGAUGGUCUUACUCCUUUGCACUGUGCAGCCAGGUCUGGUCAUGAGCAGGUUGUCGACAUGAUGUUAGAGAGAGGCGCUCCAAUUAGUUGUAAGACAAAGAAUGGUCUUGCCCCUCUCCACAUGGCUGCCCAGGGAGACCAUGUAGACGCGGCUAGAAUUCUCCUCUACCACCGUGCUCCAGUUGACGAGAUCACUGUUGACUAUUUGACAGCACUUCAUGUAGCAGCUCACUGUGGACAUGUGCGAGUGGCGAAACUGCUCCUUGAUCGCAAAGCUGACCCUAAUGCACGUGCCCUUAAUGGCUUCACCCCUCUUCAUAUAGCUUGCAAGAAAAAUAGAAUAAAGGUUGUUGAGCUACUCCUGAAGCAUGGUGCCUCGAUUGAAGCCACCACAGAGUCUGGCUUGACUCCUCUUCAUGUUGCAAGCUUCAUGGGUUGCAUGAACAUUGUAAUCUAUCUUCUGCAAAAUGAAGCAAAUCCCGAUGUUCCUACUGUUCGUGGGGAGACGCCCCUCCACCUCGCAGCACGUGCCAAUCAGACCGAUAUCAUCCGAAUCUUGUUACGAAACGGAGCACAAGUUGAUGCCAGAGCAAGAGAACAGCAAACUCCUCUUCACAUUGCCUCUCGUUUGGGCAACGUUGACAUUGUAAUGCUUCUCUUACAACAUGGUGCUGCCGUAGACUCGACCACCAAAGACCUCUACACUGCCUUGCAUAUCGCGGCGAAGGAAGGGCAAGAAGAGGUUGCCGCUGUCCUUCUGGAAAAUGGUGCAUCGCUUACUGCCACAACCAACAAGGGCUGCACUCCUUUGCACCUCGCUGCAAAGUAUGGCAACAUGAAAGUUGCCAGAUUAUUGCUGCAGAAGGAUGCUCCUGUUGACUCCCAGGGCAAGAAUGGAGUUACCCCACUUCAUGUCGCAAGCCACUAUGACCACCAAAAUGUGGCCCUGUUGUUGUUAGACAAAGGUGCCUCUCCUCAUGCCACUGCCAAAAAUGGACAUACUCCUUUGCAUAUUGCUGCUAGAAAAAAUCAGAUGGAUAUUGCAACCACUUUACUAGAAUAUGGGGCCAAGGCAAAUGCAGAAUCUCGGGCGGGUUUUACUCCAUUGCAUUUAAGUGCUCAGGAAGGUCACACUGAUAUGUCAACACUUCUAAUUGAACACCAAGGGGAUACAAACCACCAAGCAAAGAAUGGUCUUACUCCUCUUCACUUAUGUGCACAAGAAGAUAGAGUUAAUGUCGCUCAGAUACUUGUGAAGAGUGGUGCCAAUGUUGAUUCCACAACCAAGGCUGGUUACACACCUCUACACGUUGCAAGUCACUUCGGUCAGGUUAACAUGGUACGAUUCCUCUUGCAACAUGGUGCAGAUACUAGUGCUGUGACCAGUGUUGGCUACACUCCACUCCACCAAGCAGCUCAACAGGGCCACUCUGGAGUGGUGAGCACUCUGCUUAACAGUGGGGCUCAGCCAAAUGUUACAACAAAGCAAGGGCAGACGGCUCUAUCCAUUGCACAGAAACUUGGGUACAUCAGUGUAGUGGAGACACUGAAGGUUGUAACCGAAGUCACAACCAUCACAACAACCACCACGACCACCAUUGAGGAGAAAUACAGAGUUGUUGCUCCAGAAACAAUGCAGGAAGUCUUCAUGUCAGACUCAGAGGAGGAAGGAGGGGACCAAGACCUCGAGUGCACUGGGAUGUACUUCGGAAAACCCACGCACGCUCAGCAUGUCUACUUGCCGUAUUAUGAGGGGCAAUCUCUGCUCAACCGGGAAGAUACACUCCUCAAUGAGCAACCAUACCACUACUUGACUGUGGAUGAAAUGAAGAGUUUGGGUGACGAUUCUCUUCCAAUUGAUGUGACUCAAGACGAUCGUCAUGAUUCUAACAGGGAUCUUGUGAGUCCUCAACAUGUGAAGGAGCUCUACACUGCCCAGCUGAACUAUGCAUCAGACAAUGUGGACAUUUCACGCCAUCCUGUCAACGUAGGAAAGCUCAAGUGGAAGAACUUCCUGGUGAGUUUCCUGGUGGAUGCAAGAGGCGGAGCUAUGAGAGGAUGCCGCCACAGUGGAGUGCGAGUCAUUGUACCUCCACGUAAAGCCCCUCAACCUCUGCGUGUGACGUGUCGCUACCUAAAGAGAGACAAACUGAGUCACCCUCCUCCCCUCAUGGAGGGCGAAGCUUUGGCAAGCCGUAUUCUAGAACUGGGUCCUGUUGGUGCCAAAUUUUUGGGGCCGGUGAUUAUCGAAGUGCCUCACUUUGGCUCCCUUCGCGGUCGAGAAAGGGAGAUUGUUAUCCUGAGGUCUGAUAAUGGUGAGACGUGGAGGGAGCACACUGUCGAAGCAAGCGAAGAUGCUGUUCAUGAUGUCCUCAAUGAGAGCUUUGAGAAAGAUGGUGAGCGAAAUGAGCUCAGUCAGCUUGAGGUUUGCGACUCAGGACGCCUGACUCGCAUCCUGACAACUGACUUCCCACAGUACUUCGCUGUUGUAUCCCGAGUUCGCCAAGAAGUUCAUGCAAUCGGACCGGAAGGUGGAAUGGUUUCAUCGUCAGUAGUACCUCAAGUGCAGGCAGUUUUCCCUCAAGGUGCUCUGACUAAGAAGAUAAAAGUUGGCCUUCAGGCCCAGCCCAUUGCUGCAGACUUGGUGGCAAAACUUCUUGGAAAUCGAGUGGCGGUUUCUCCCAUUGUCACAGUAGAACCGAGGCGGCGGAAAUUCCAUAAACCUAUCACGUUGACAAUACCAGUCCCCCAAGCUGCUAAUAAAGGAAUGAUCAAUCAAUAUUCAGGCGAUGCACCUACGUUGCGGUUGCUGUGUAGCAUAACAGGAGGGACAACAAGAGCCCAGUGGGAGGAUGUCACAGGAUCAACUCCACUAACUUUUGUGAAUGACUGUGUUUCAUUCACUACAACUGUAUCUGCAAGGUUUUGGCUCAUGGAUUGUCGUAAUAUAUCAGAAGCAACCAAAAUGGCAACUGAGCUUUACAAGGAAGCUAUUCAUGUACCAUUCCUUGCUAAGUUUGUGGUAUUUGCCAAAAGAGUUGAUUUCCUUGAAGCUCGUCUGAGAGUUUUCUGUAUGACUGACGAUAAGGAGGAUAAAACUCUUGAACAUCAAGAACACUUCACUGAAGUUGCAAAAAGCAGAGAUGUGGAGGUUCUUGAGGGCAAAGGACAAUUUGUAGAAUUUGCUGGUAACCUAGUUCCUGUGACAAAAUCUGGUGAUCAGCUGCAACUCGGUUUCCGUGGUUUCCGUGAAAAUAGGCUUGCGUUUACUACAAGGGUCAAAGAUCCUCAUGCUGACCCUGUGGGAAGGAUUCUCUUUAUGAAGGAGGCAAAGGUCCAAAAAGGUGAUCCCCCACAACAACCUGUUUGUGUUCUCAACAUCGUUCUUCCUGAUGACAUCAUCCCAGAAUCAAGUACUGCUGAAUCUACCCCUCAAAAACAAACCUACUCUUUCACUACUUAUACUAAUGGCUCUGCAGCACCAGCUAGGCCAGAAUUAAGGUUGUCCGAUAUUAGUAACACUUUAGGCUCAGAUUGGGAAUCAUUAGCAGUGGAACUUGGCCUUUCGCGGUCACAGGUGGAGAGAAUAAAAAGUGACCACCCCGCUGCAGCUGCACCACAACACGCCAUGGCCAUGCUGAAACUGUGGCUUCAGAAACUAGGAAAUAAGGCUUCCGGUGUGGAGCUCCAACAAGCUUUACAGCGACUUGGCCGUGAUGACAUAAUUCAUCGUUGUAUGAUAAGUUGUGAUGACCAAGAGAUGAAUUUGACCUCAAGCCAUUUAGGUCUAGACCAAUCAGGUUUUGAUAACCUUCGAGAAGAAUUAGGUGUUAGUAGAGACGUCUCAAGGGAGACUUCCCUGCGGCGAAACUUAAGUCUGGAGGCUGGAGGGCCCUAUGAUGAGCAAGACAUCAUGAAGGUCAGUAGGGACUCAGAAUCUGUGGAGGAAUUGGUCGAAAAGCAAGUUCCUUCAAUAGAGAGAAUAGAAGAAAUAAAACACAUUGAAAAGCGGCAUGGGGAACAAGAAGAUAACGAAGAAAGAAAAUACAUAGCUGAGGAAAAAGAAGUUGCAGAGAAGAGAAAGUCAGUGAGGGAACGGACUGAAGAAAUCGAGAAGAGACUGUCUCAAACAUCGAUGGAUGAGCAGCAGCAGAGACGAGACUCGCAACUGUUCCAAGGAGUCAGUGAAGGUCUUGAGAGACUGAACAUCACAGAGCCAACUCAAGCUCAGGACUUGCUGACUCCAGGUCUGGUACAAACACCUCCUCCUAGUCCUGCCGAAUUCCAAAGUAAUGCAGUUGAACCAAAUUGGCAGGAAACUAAGGUUUCAUCAACAACCACCACUAUUACUUCAGAACAGCAUCCUGGCCCUCAAGGUAGGACGUGAGCGACAUCUAGCGGACAAUCUUCAGCAUGACCGUGCUGGUCAGCAACCACCAACCCGCUUGUCACCUGCUUCUGCUUAUUUGUGCCGCCAAGUGACCAGCUGUUGUCAUUUCUCCACUGGCUUUGUUUUGAGAUAGUGGACUGAUUGUAGAAUGUAGAGCAUGGUUAGACUAGCAAAUUUAGUGCAAGCAGCACAGUUCUAACCAAAAGUUAAAGAAGGAAAACUAAAGUUUUCAUUGGCUGUUAAGAGAUCUAUUAGAUAUUAAUUUCACCCAGAUAGCUUUGACUGAUUUCUUGACAUACUCUAUGGAAACAAAUAUUGUGUUUAUCUUAUUAUAAAUACAUGCAGUAUCUUCUCAGAAAAAUAUCUUAACUAGUUAUUUUGUUUAAUUUUAUGUGGUUUGUACAGGCAGGUGCCCCAUCAACUAAAUUGUCAAACAACCUGAUUGCAUUAUUUUUAUGUAUCUUUGGUUUCUUAACAAGAACUGCUUGAAGGUUUGAAGUUAAGGAAUUUUUCUGAGAAGCUAUUCCAUUUUAUUUUGUUGUGCUUUGUUAUGAUUUCUCCCUAUGUAAUUCCUAAGUUAAAUCAAUUUUAUUAAGAGAUUUAGUGGAAAAUCAACUUCAGUAAAACUGAAAUUUCCCAUUCCAUAUGAACUUAUUUAAAUUUAAGGUGAUUUUGUGUUGUAAUUUCUUUUUUAAUUUAUUUUAGAUUUUUAACAUUAUUUAUAACAGUCAAACUGAACCAAACCAAAUUCUCUGCUUGCUCUCCUCCCAUGCAUUUUGUCGAAGUUCUAGCAGUAUUUUGAUUUUUUUUUGUUUUGUUUUCUCAAAGGAAAUAACUAAUUUAUGAAAUUGCUAGGGUCCAAACCCUUUGACUGAAUGUUUGUUCAGAGAUAAUAUUGUACAGUAUAAACACCCAAUAAAUUUUUUUCUUUUUUGUUA